AUGCUCGAAGACCCGUCGUACUCGCAAAUCGUGCGCUGGGGAGAUGACAACGACAGCUUUGUCGUAUUAGAGUGCGAGAAAUUCACCAAAUCAAUCCUUCCAAAGCAUUUCAAACACAGCAAUUUCGCAAGUUUCGUCCGACAACUCAACAAAUACGACUUCCACAAGGUUCGCCAAAAUAACGAAGAGUCUGGCCAAUCGCCCUACGGGCCUAAUGCCUGGGAGUUUAAGCACCCAGAGUUUAAAGCCAACAACAAGGAAUCGUUGGAUAAUAUCAGGAGGAAAGCCCCUGCUCCUCGAAAACCGGCCCAGAUGACCGAUGAAUCGUUCCCUAGCCAACAGUUCGACAUGCUGAAUCAACAGCUUGUAGCCCAGGCCCAACAGUUCCAGCAACUAAGUGAUCGUUUUACACAAUUGGCCAUGGAAAAUCAGAUGAUGCAAACCGAAGUUAGAAGAGCCCAGAAGACAAUGCUAAGCCAUGAGCAGGUUCUACACUACAUGAUGAAUUACCUACAUAGCGUGGAUGUGAGGCACAUAAGAGAAAGCAGAACAGCAGCAGUAACAUUCCAAGGCGCAGGUGGAUCAGAUCUAAGCCCUUCCCAAGUCGCCCAUGUCGAUGACGACCCGGCCUCUCCUUUACAACAAGCUUCCAAAAUCCUGAGCGAGCUGAGCAACGAAAUCCAACUCAAUUUGGGUAGUCUCGAGUCAAUGAGUGACAUGCAGAGUCGGCUUCCAGGAGCUGCACAAACACCACCUCUAGAUCAGACACAACGGAAUGGGACACUACGGCCCCCUACUUCGGCUGGCUCAAGCUCAACACUAGGCUACUCUAAGCUGAAUGGUGAACUGGAACAGAUGGUUUAUCCUGUCGGUGCGCCCAAUGGCAUUGAGCCUUUGUACAGCGAUCAUGUCAAUAACAUGCCAUACUCCUCCUUCCCGCCAAAGGAGCUGGAUCCUAAUGACCCAAGACGGCAAUAUGUGGAUGGUCGCAAGAAAAGCAUGUAUGUUAACCCAGGCUGGGUUUCUCCGCCGCGCAUUCUCCUCGUUGAGGAUGAUCAAACUUGUCGCCAAGUUGGAGGAAAGUUUUUGCUCUCGUUUUGCUGUACUGUCGAUUAUGCGCUCGACGGUCUGGAAGCUGUUCAUAAGAUUCAGGAAGGCUCUAAGUAUGACCUCAUAUUGAUGGACAUUAUCAUGCCCAAUCUGGAUGGGGUGUCCGCCUGCAGUGUAAUCAGGAGAGUUGACUCCACACCAAUAAUCGCCAUGACAUCAAAUAUUCGAAGUAGUGACAUUGAACUCUAUUUCCAUCACGGAAUGAACGACGUCCUCCCCAAGCCAUUCACUCGACAGAGCCUCCUCACUGUUCUUGAAAGACACCUUAAUCACCUCAAAACCAUCCCAAACGCUAUGGAAGCGCCCCCGUCCGCCAUCGUUGCCCCCGGGGGUAUAACUCAAACGUCAACAGGCCCGUCCGUGAAGGACGAGAAUUCUCCCGGGCCAUCCCCAGCAGCGUCGAUGAACAACUGGCAAUCCCCUGGCCAAUUCCAGGGCAUGUCACCCAUCACAUCCAACGUCUCCGGCCAAUACUUGCAGCAGCAAACACCCACAACCGCCGCAGCAGCAUACGCACUAGACCAGAAUGGAGUCCAAUUCCAGCCACAACAGCAACUUGCUACGAUGAACCCUAGUGCCGCAGCUCACGUGCAACAGCAGCAGCAACAACAACAACAACAUCAACAUCAACAACAACAGCAGCAGCAGCAGCAACAACAACAACAACAGCAGCAGCAACAACAACAACAGCAGCAGCAGCAGCAGCAACAGCAGCAACAUCGUCGCCAGAUGUCAGAAAUGGCCGGCACGGCGGAUGCCAAUUUCUUCCCCAAGAGACAAAAGAUCUUUACGCAUACGAAUCAGACACUUGUUAAUCCCAUGCAGACAAGCCGCAUACCCUGA